UGUCGGAAGCGUCGACGUUACUCCGCGCUCCCCACCGCAGUAUCUUCGCGUUGGGUUUCUUAUAGUUUUCCCGAUGAGGAACUACCGUCCCGUGUGAAUUUGUGAGGAUUAUCUGUUGGUAGAUCAGUGUUGGGUAAAUCGCGUGUCGUAUUAUUCCAGUGUUUGUGCUGAGGUGUGUCUGUGAGAUUAGUGUGUUGUUGAGGCAGUGAUAAGAUUCGUCGUAUGUUUCCGCAGAGGGGAUUUGAGGAGAUUCGCUGUUACCCGUCAUAACGAUUAGCAUGAAGUAGCUGUCGUCUCGUCAGUCCCCCGACAAGGGCCGGACGUCCCUUUGUAGCACGUCCGCCAUGGGUUUGAUGUGGCGUGUUUUCCCCCUUCUAGCUGUGGCCCUCACGUACUUCCGGACCAGAGCAGAACAAGUCGUGGUACUAGACACCACGGGCGAAUCGAGUCUGGAAUGGACGAGGUAUCCCUACGGACCCCAAGCAAGUACUCCAGGGUGGGUCGAGGAGUCAUUCACGAACUUCCAAAAAGGCAUCAACUGGAGGUCGUACGUCGUGUGCGACGUGGCCUAUAACAACGUGAACAACUGGUUGUGGACGCCGUUCAUCGACAGGAAUGUGUCUAAUAGGAUAUACAUAGAAAUUAAGUUCACCAUAAGAGAUUGCAGUCUGUUUCCAGGAAACGCGUUAUCCUGCAAGGAGACCUUCAGCCUUCUCUACUACGAGUUCGACGCAGCUACGAGGGAGCCACCCCCGUGGGACGCAGACAGAUACAAAUUGAUAAGUCGAAUUGCAGCUGGUGAGGGUAGGUUCAACUCCAACAGCGAAGUCAACAUAAACACCGAAGUGAAGAGCAUCCCUGUCACUAAGAAAGGGGUGUAUUUUGCCUUCAGAGAUCAGGGCGCCUGCAUCUCCCUCCUAGCUAUUAAAAUCUACUACAUAGUCUGUCCAGAGGUAACAGUGAACUUUGCCCGGUUCCCCUCGACCCCCACCGGCAAAGAAAUCGUCAUAAUCGAGCAGGCCACCGGUACGUGCGUCAGCAACGCCGAGGUGGUAGGGGGAACCCCCACCUACCUCUGCAAGGGGGACGGGAAGUGGACGCUGCCCACUGGAGGCUGCAAGUGCAAAGCGGGCUUCCAGCCCGACAUGGAAAAGCAGACUUGCAACGUGUGUCAAAGGGAAACUUAUAAGGCUGAAACAGGUGAUGGUCCUUGUCUUCCAUGCCCGCCCCACUCUCAAGGCCCAGACUACGGUUUGACGGAGUGCCAGUGCAAUCCGGGGUACUUCCGGGCGGCCACCGACCCUAAGAACAUGUCUUGCACACAACCGCCAUCGGCACCCCAGAACUUGACGGUCACCUUCGUCGACCAGUCGAACGUGGCCCUAAGCUGGCUCCAGCCGGAAAAUCUGGGCGGCAGGUCCGACACCGUCUACAGAAUAAAGUGCGACGCCUGCAGCUUGGGCCCGGUUCAAUACAAUCCCAAUACGGAAACGUUCAACGACACGAGGAUCACCAUAAGCGGCCUAAACUCGGUGACAACGUACCGUUUCCAGAUUUUCGCCGAGAACGGCGUGUCCCACCUUCAGCUGAAGUCGAGUCCGGAGUACGCGGACAUCGUGGUGACGACGGAGGCGCUUGUCGCCAGCAGCAUAACCAACAUAAGGGUGCUGUCGGUGAAGAGCACCGAAAUUACCCUGGCGUGGGACGCCCCGACGACAGGGGACGGCUCCGAGAUCGAGAACGAUAUGGUAGAGACCUAUGAGGUGCGUUGGUUCCAACGCAACGACAUCGACUACAGCAACUCCACCAGCCUGCUGACGGCGGACCUGUCUGCCACCAUCACCGGCCUGCAGCAGAGGACCGAGUACGGCCUCCAGGUCCGCGCCAAGACGCAACGAGGCUGGGGAGCCUACUCGCCCGUCAUAUUCAAAACUACCGGGCAAGUCCUAAACACAGGUAAGCAAAAACGACCCGCUCGUAGGACUUCCGGCGUUACCCGAGGCGUUUUUCUAGCUUAUAUAGGAGACGAGGAAGGCCUAAGACUGCAACUGGUAGCGGGCGGGAUCGUGGCGGUCGUCGUCAUCCUCGUCGCCGUCAUAGUGUUGACGGUGGUGUUCCUCCGCUCCAGGUCCAACGACGAGUGCAACAAGAAGCAGCCGAGCGACUGCGACACCUUGGAGUACAGGAACGGGGAGGUUCAUCACAGCUUGGACAAUCCCCCUAUAGUUACUACCCAUACAAAUGUGACAACGCCGCUUUUCACGGGAAUCAGCGGCUCGUCUAGGACCUACAUCGACCCCCACACUUACGAGGACCCCAAUCAGGCCGUUCGGGAGUUUGCCAGGGAAAUCGAUGCGAGUUGCAUCACGAUAGAAGCGAUUAUCGGAGGUGGCGAAUUUGGGGACGUCUGUCGAGGAAAGUUGAAAAUGAACGGCGUGGACAUUGACGUGGCGAUAAAAACGCUCAAAGCCGGAUCUCUGGACAAGUCUCGUAACGAUUUCCUCACGGAAGCUUCUAUAAUGGGACAAUUCGAGCACCCGAACGUCAUAUUCCUGCAGGGGGUAGUUACGAAAUCGAAUCCCGUCAUGAUUAUCACUGAAUACAUGGAAAACGGGUCCUUAGACACAUUUUUGAGGGCAAACGACGGAAAAUUCCAAGUGAUCCAGCUCACGGGCAUGCUGAGGGGCAUCGCGUCCGGCAUGCAGUACCUCAGCGAGAUGAAUUACGUGCAUCGCGACCUAGCUGCCAGGAACGUGUUGGUCAAUUCCCAACUCGUGUGUAAAAUAGCUGAUUUCGGCCUUAGCAGGGAGAUCGAGAGUGCCACGGAGGGGGCGUAUACCACAAGGGGUGGUAAGAUUCCCGUCCGAUGGACGGCCCCCGAAGCCAUAGCGUUCCGUAAAUUCACGUCCGCCAGCGAUGUUUGGUCCAUGGGUAUAGUGUGCUGGGAGGUGAUGUCCUACGGGGAGAGGCCAUAUUGGAACUGGUCCAAUCAAGACGUUAUCAAGAGUAUAGAGAAAGGAUAUAGGUUGCCAGCUCCGAUGGACUGCCCGGAAGCCAUAUACCAGCUGAUGCUGGACUGCUGGCAGAAGGAGAGGACACACAGGCCUAGUUUCCAGUCUAUUGUAAAAACUUUAGAUAAAUUAAUACGAGUACCCGAUACCCUAAGAAAAAUUGCUCAGAAUCGUUCCACCAACCCCCUGUCGGCGGACGCCCCCGACCUGACCAACUUCACGUCGGUGGAGGAGUGGCUCAACUCCAUCAAGAUGGCGCGGUACCUGGAGAACUUCCACGCCGGCGGCAUCAACACCAUGGACGCCGUCGUCAACCUGACGGUGAAGGAACUGACUGAGCUGGGCAUCACCCUCGUCGGCCACCAGAAGAAGAUCAUGAACAGCGUGCAGAACAUCAGGGCGCAGAUACGGGUCAACGGCUCGGAGGGGUUCUUGGUCUAAUGACGGUGAGACGGAGACGGACUAAUUUUUUUUUAAAAAAUCGUUGGAGUGAGGACCGAACUCGCGCGCGCGUCGGGGUAAACCAGUGACUUUCUAGUAUACUUGAAUCGUGGCAGCUUUGCUUUAUUUAUUAUCCUAUCCGAACAAAUCAAAAUGCGAACGGACUGAGAAGCGUUUCGUUUCCCCUUUUCUUUUUCGAUAUUGAGAUUUUUAUGUGAUUUUCGUAUACAUAUAUAUUUUUCGCUUAUGAUGUUGUACGUGUACGCGCGUUAGUUAAGUUUUACUCUAUUACUAACUCUCUGCUUUUUUUUUUUUUGGUAUUGUCGAUAUUUAUUGCCAUAACGUGGGAGGGGCGUGUUUAGGCCUCGUUUUAUUUCACGGUACACGGAGUCUCUAGGUGGUUUUCAACGCCACAGCGAGUCCCAAUUUGCAGGGGCUAGGCCCGUCGAGACGAUAAAUAAAAAACAAAUGAAACGUUGCCUACGAACGCACGGGUUCGAAAACCAUAACUUUCUCGAAAUUGCUAAUUUUUGAUCCUGCUACGAUUUUUUUAGGCGCCAGUUUUUGAAAAAUCGAAAUCUACCAACACAAUUUUAUAUACAGUUUGUUUUUGACGUCCCAUCGCCUCGUUGUCGUUUCACAUCAGGGGUAUUCACCAAAUAGUGAACAAAGUGCUUCAAAAAAAAAUAUUUCAAAUCUAUCAGAUUUCUAAUUAAUCUUUAAUAUGCACAAUUUAUAAAGUAUCAAAAAUAAUUAUUUUAAAACAAAUUAUUGGUAUUGUUACUUAAUAAAUCGUGCAAUAGUUAAAAAAAAAACAUGAAAAGGGGGAGGGUCAAUUCAGCCGGUUUACGGAACCCUUCGUUCUUGGCCAAAAAUAAGAAAAGUAAUCGAUUCCAUCCUCCCUCCUAGUCAGGAUCAAGGUCAAUUAAAGGUCAUAUUGAAAAAAAGUGCAUUAAAUCAAAGGAUCUCGGAGUUUAGGUUUUUU